UCCCACUUUUCUUUAUCUUGCCCCAAACCAAGCGUGGGGUCUCCACAUACAGGGUCAAUCAGCUGCGCUAAAGCAGGACAAGGAAGGUUGGAAGCUGACGUGGAACUUCAUUGUUCCGGGGAGCGGAGGGAGGCCAGCCGAGGCGCCUGCGCAGUGGGUGCUCUUUGUGCUAGGCUGCAGCAGGGCGGCUGUUGUUUGUGUCUCUUCCUGAAGGGGCGGAGGAGUGGCGGGAGGCAGGAGGCGGCGAGGCGGGAGGGGGCGUGGCCCCAUCCGCCGAGUUCGGUUUGGCUGUCUGGCUCCGAGAGGGCGGACGCGGGGCGGGGUUUCCGAUAACAACACUCCGGGCUGAAGUCGGGGCUAUUUGUUGCUGCGCCGCCGUUGCCGCCGCCACCGCCGCCCCCCGAAAGUCUGUCCCUUCCCCAGCAAUGCUCCGCACUCUUCCCGCACUCUCGUAGCCAUCACUAGAGCAGCAGCUGCCUCCUGUUAUCCCGCGACCGCUCUCUUCUGCCUUUCCCUCCUACUUUUUUCUCCAUCGCCUAACCGUUCUCCACCUGCCAGCUCCAUGACGGUCGCCUCCGUCCCGCAGCGGGAGCCGCUUAUCCUGGGCUGCCGCCUGGCCCCGCUGGGCUUCGCCCCCCGGGCUUACUUCGGACACUUCCCCAUGAUGACCGCGGUCCCGCCGCCUCCAUUCCCCCGGCUCCCGGAUCCUCGGACUCUGCCCCCCAACCUCCUCCUCCACUUUCUAGGUGACAGUCGCUGCCGGACCCCACAGCCGCCCACUCCGGCGCCCCCGCCGCCGCCUCCGGCACCCCCGGGCACCUGCAACCCCCGGGCAGCCCCUAAGAAGCGAAGAAAGAAGAAGGUCCGGCCCAGCCCGGCGGGACAGCUCCCCAGCCGCUAUCAUCAGUACCAGCAGCACCGGCCGAGUCUCGAAGGGGGGGGCAGCCCGAGUAGAGCCCAGGGGUCCCCAAUCCCUGCGCCUGCCGCUGCCGCACCCCAGGGCCCCUCUCCUGGAGCCCGGGCUGAGGAGCCGAGCUCUGCUGCCACCCCGGGGAGUCUCAUGUCCGGCAGUGCUGCGGCCAGCCCCGCGCAACCGACCAGAAAGGAAGUUUUUAAAUCAAAGAUGGGAAAGUCUGAGAAGAUUAUCAUUCCCCCUGGCCAACUUGUUCACAGUAUACAUUUGUGUGAACAACCAAAGAUUAACAGACAGAAAAGCAAAUGUAAUAUACCACUAACCAAGAUCAGCUCUGCAAAAAGAAAUGAAAAUAACUUUUGGCAGGAUUCUGUAGCAUCGGAAACCAUUCAGAAGCAGGAGAAAAAGCCUUUUAAAAAUACUGAGAACAUCAAAAACAUGAAUCUGAAGAAAUCAGCUUUUCAAACUGAAGUGAGCCAAAAGGAAAAUUAUGCUGGGGCAAAGUUUAGUGAUCCACCUUCUCCUAGCGUCCUUCCAAAACCUCCAAGUCAUUGGAUGGGGAGCACUUUUGAAAAUUCCAGCCAAAAUAGGGAGCUGAUGGCAGUUCAUUUGAAAACUCUCUUAAAAGUUCAAGCUUAGUCUCCAGAUUCAAACUAUGUACAAAAACAAAACAAAACAUAAGUUUUUCAAGGUUCUGGAUACUUUAAAAAAAAAUCAGUUCAGAAAUUGAUAUUUGCCUUGUGACCAGAAGUGCAAAAGACAGUUUUAAAAAUGUCAUUCAAACUUGUAUUUUAUAUUUUGUAAAUACUGUAUACCAUGUAAUAUGUGUAUAUUGUUCAUAUCCUGAGAGGUACAUUAUAGUUUUGUUAUGAAAGUAUUUUGCACUGCCUUAAAUGGUAGGUGUUUUGUAUAUAUAAAAUGGAAAAGUUUAAUGUGUGCUAAGGCACAUGGAUGACUGAUGCAUUUGCACAAGGUAUUCUGAGAACUUUUCAAGGAGAAACAGUUAUCUCAUUUCAAAGUGAAGAUCUAAAUGUGAACAAUUUACUAAAUGCACUACUGAAAUUUUAACUCUGUGGCACAAUCAUUGUAAACAUGAGGUUUAUGUGUUGCUCUAAAAUAGAUUUCCGCUUUCUGAUCACAAAUAUUGGUAAAACUAUUGUUUCCAAUUUUACCAAGGUUAACUUUGUGUUUGGUCAAGAUCCAGUUAUUUUAAAGCAUUUCUAACUUGCUUUAAUGCCAGAAAAAUUGGUUGUAUUCAAAUUUUAAAAUAAUAAUUUGGCCUCCCCUUUAAACAAGUCUUGUGUCUUUCUGUUUGAAUGCUUUCUGUCCUUGAAUGUGUGGGUCUGGUUUGGGAGGGUAGGGGUAAGAGAAGGGGGGAGGGAAGGAGGACAAAAAAUGUGGGUGGGGUUGGAUUGUUUUCAAACUAGACUAUUUAAUUUUGGCUGGGUCUUUGUAUUUGAAUUAGCAAUUUAUAGUUGAAACAUGCAAGUGACAUGAUCUUUUUCUAUCUGCUCUGAAAGUUUUGGGGGGUUGGGAUAAGGUAGAGAAAGGAUCUGGAUUUCGGGUAAAAGGUAUGAGUAGAGGGCAAUUGAUUUGGGAAACUACAUAUUUCUUAGGAAGUAACCCUGCAUAGAAUUCUACAUCAGUCCAAAGACCACAUCAGUUAAAAAAAUCUGAAACUAAUUGAUAAAGGAGGACUUAAUCUCCCUGUAAUUUACAACCACAGCUAACAAGGUAAAGAUAAAACAGACUAGGGUAGUAUCUUAUGUACAUAUUAACAUGGCCAUUAACAUAUGUUUUAAAAUGUUCCACACUUUAGAGUGGUGAAAAUAUAUAGUACAUUUAUUUGUACUUGUAAAAAUUUAUUUCUAAGAGGAUAUGAUUCUUUAAAAAUACUGUUAUUUUUAAAAUAUAUUGAUGAAUGCUAAAAAGGCAUUUAUUAUAAAAGAUUUUGAACAAGGAUAGCAGUAUAUAUAACUGGAUUUAGAAAAUAAGGCUUAAUUUUUUUCCAAAAAUAGUUUGGUUUGAUCACAAUUCCUGAACAUUCUAUAGCACUUUGUAUAGGUUCUUAUUCACAAAGACUGACCCUUUGAGUCUUAAUAUUAGAAAUCUUAAACCUGCUUGUGACUGAAAAUUACAUCCUUGUUCCCAUUUAUAGAUUGAGAAACUCAUUGAAACCAGGAAACUGGGCUUUUCCCAAGGAUUCUACUAAUUCUUUUGAGUAUGUCACAGUUCUCUCCUGAUCCUGAAAUAGUGGUAUUAUAUUAAAGAACAGUGUUUAAUCCUUUAAAAGCAGUAAUUGAGGGCCUUUUUUUUCCUAAGGAGAAAAAUUUAUUUGCAGGCUAAAAAUUUUAAAACCUAAUGUAUGGUAAAUUCAGAAUUUAAGUACACAAUGCCUUGAAAUUCAUUAUUUCCACUCUUUCCUAUGAUAUAAAUUAGAUUUUGUUUCACUUAACUGAGACUAUGUUUGCAUAUGUCUUCCAGGCUUAGGCUAGUGAUAAAGGAGUAAGAUGAUGGAGAUUGAGAAAAGGACUGAAAGAUGACCUUGGUCACUAAAGUAAACUCAAAAUCUUAAGUAGAAGGAAAUUAGAGUUAUAUAUUCUUAUCAAUAUGAAUUUUUAAAAAAGUAGUAUAGUUUUGUAUAUACUUAGGAUGACUUAAAUGCAGCAUGUCAUAUACAUAGCUACCAUUAAUAACCACUUUUUAGUAAACUAGAGCUGCUUUAAUUGAGUUCACAUUUGCCUUGGCUUAAAUGAUCUAUAUUAACUUUUUCUACAUAGAUCCUAUUCAAGUACCUUGUUGUAAUGUAAAGCGUGGUUACUUAAUUAUCACUAAUAAUAGAAUAUUUACUAGGAAACCAAAGCAAUUUUAUUCACUUAUCAAUUAAGCAUAUAAAGUUUCUAUUUUUCAAGUAAGGAAACUCAGCUGAAAAUAGAGCACUAAGAUCUAAGGUACAAGUUUCAGGUUAUGCUUAAUUAGACCUCAGUACUUCUUUAAAGAGGGUCCAAGUGAUAUGUUAAGUCAAAAUAAAGAAUACUUUUUUUUUUUAAAUUGAACUAUUGAUUCUGAUACAUAAUCUUAGUAUGUCAUUCAAGAUUUUGAAACACAGCUAUUAAGAUUUUUUAGAAAUACAAGUGCAUUCUGUAGUUUUCCUUAGAGCAUAAAAAUUAUCUAAGAAUACUUUAAUCUGAAUUAGGGUUGUAUCCUAUCCACUUGCCCCAAAUCUGGUUCAUAUAAAAAUGUAUCCAAGAAAUGGCAUUUUUCAUGUAUCUUGUAUAAUAACAAUAUUUUGCUGCCAUUUAGGCCUCACAAAUAUUUGCUGCCAUUAAGCCAAUAUGGUACUCCCAGUAUUCUUAAAACAAGUACAUGAAAGCCCACUCGGAGAGAUUAUAUAGUCUAACCUUGUAAUUUUAUAUGCCAGAAAAACACUCAAAAAAGGCAGUUCCUUGCUGAAGGUCACAUAGCUAAGCAACACAGUAGGAAUUUGAACUUAAGGUCCUGAACCCCCCAAAAACAUUGCUCUUUCUUGAACAUGAAACUUUAUAGCUCAUAAUAUGCUUUGUUUGUCUUCACUAAAUUUUGAAAAUGGAAGAGAGGGAAAAAUAGUAAAGACAUUCAAGUUAUUCUGAUGGAAGGGUCAAAGGACCAGGGCAAGGGAGAGACAGCAAAAGGUUUUAAAUUUAAGGAGAAUAAUUUUUGUUACAGGUAUCCUAUAUAUAAUUUGGUCAUUAAUAGGUUAUAAGAUUUCAUUUGCGUUUGCAUGUGUUUCAAUCUUCACCAUACAAAGCUAGCUUUUGAUUCUUUUGAGGCUCCCUUUACAAAUAUUUAUGCUAUAGGGGUAUUAGAAAACUUUAAGUCUCCAAUUCUUGAAUAUGCCAUAGAAUAGCUAUUUGAAUUUGAACAAUUCAAUCUCCUCAUCUCUUUAAUGUAGAUCGGACUACUGAUUUUCAGGUUUAAAACUGUAAUUCUACAUUUGUUCAAAAGUUAAAUAUAUAUUAAAUACUACACUCAAAAAUUGUUCUCCACAAACUAAAAAUUUCAACAAAACAUCCCAAAAGAAGAAAGCACUUUGAUUCAAGAUUUUUGCAUUGUGGUGUGAAUGACCAUCACAAAAGGGACAGUUGGAAGAAAUCUCAGACACUAUCAAAUUCUACCUUUACCUGACUUGUACAAUCUCCCAGGAGCAAUGUAUGGGACAACCUACUGCUUGAUUAGUGCAGUCCAUUCAAUUUUUGGACCAUGCUAAUGGUUAGAAACUUUUUCCUUAUAUAGAGCUCAGAUUUGCUCCACUGCAUUUUCUAGACUCUAGCAUAGAAAAUCAGUAGUCCGAUCUAGCAUAGACUCUACAGGACAGGUACUUGUUAAAUACAUAGUGAGUGAGUGAUUCCACCCUUGUUUAUAGAUCUACCUUCUGGAGCCUGACAGAACAUUAAAACAUAACUUUUGUGUCUCACGUGAGUUUUGUCCAGGCAAAUCAUGCUUACUUCCUUCAGUCAUCAUAUGAUAUAUCCAAUUUAAUCCUAAGUAGUUUAGUUGCAUUUUCAAAAGAAAAAUGUUAAACCCAAUAAAUUUAAAUUUGGGCCUCACAAAUAUCUAGGCUUAUUUACCUAGUUCUGCUUUGUCUCUCCUUAGAAUAUACAACUUGGCUUUUGUAAUUCUUUAGAAUUUACCAUACUUCAGAUUAUUAUAGAAAUUUUAGGGAUCAUUCCAUUGAAGAAACUGGCCCUUUUCAGUUUCCAGAUAAAAUGAACAAACCUAGAGAAGUUGUGUAUGGCAGUCAGAACUAGAAUUCAGGUCUCCUGACUGGAUGUCCUAGCAUUCUCUCCCAUAAAUCAUAUUUACCUCUGAAAACAGGUUCUCCAAAAACUCCAUAUUGUUAUUUUCAGAAAGACUGUCAUAGUAGCAAGUCAGAAAUUAGAUUUAUCAUUGAAAAGCUUAGAAAUGAUAGGUAACUUAGUGAGAAUAUUUUAUGUGAGAGACUGCUUCAAUUUAAAAAAAAAAUUUUUUUUUUUUUUUUUGAGACAAGAGUCCCUAAAGACCCACAUUUGAAGUACAGGUCAUUUGCAAGCCACCAGGGAACUUUAAUCUACUUCAUAUGGCAGACUUGCAUAGUUUACUUCUCUAAGACAGUCUGGAACAGCCUCUUCUCUUCCUAGGGUCUUAACUAUUCUGAUGCCCAAUUUAGUGCAGACACCUGAUCUAUAUUAAGCCUUGCAGUAGAGAUCUUCCAACCUCAACCUCUCAGCAGACAAUGCAGGCAUUUGCCACCAUACUCAACCUUUGUUUAAAUCUUAAUUUUUUUUUUUUUUUACUUUGUAUACUUUUUUUUUUUAAGUA